AUGCUCUCCGAGAAACAUCAACUUUCAACGCAGAUGCGGGAGCCAAUUCAGACUAAAAGUGCCUCGUUCUAUUUAGCAUGCCGCAUGGUCUCCUCUGUGGAUCUUAUAUACUGGGAAAUGCUCGAUGAAUUUUGCUGGGGCCCAAGGGUAUCUGUAGCGGAAAGGGUGCGGAGUUUCACCACCAACGUUGGCAUCCAUAGUGGCCGAGAAGACUUCGUGCGCUCCAAGAUCUCGCAACUCAAAGAGUAUUAUGCCGAGCUGGGAGAGGAUAUCGACAUCGACUACGAGGAAGAUCGACCCAAUUCGCCAUUGAAAGAAAACUCCCCAAUCCGAGAGACUCCUCAAAUCAGUUCAAAACGCAGAGCCGGCCUCACUGCAACUGCUGUUGGGUUUAUACUCUUCACAAUGGCUGUGGGCACACUAAGAAAAUAUUAUCGAUCUUAA